AUAUUUGUUGUUUGCAUUUUUGUCUAUUUUACAAAACUAAGAUCUUUUUUGUUUUAUUUUACUGACUGUUACUAAAAACUAAUUGUAAAACAUAACUGUCCUCAGCUAUGAGCAAUAAUAGACAAAAAAUUGAAUGUAAUAUACUGUUUGGUAACAAUCGGACACUACUUAAUAUUGAUGUCGGUUGGGAAGGAAUUCCCUUUAAUAUUGUGUUCAAUACGAUAAUAGCUGCGGGUUUACUGAUAGCAUACGCUGUGAUUCGUUGGAGAGUCAAAAAAGUUGGUAAUAAUAGCAAAGAACAGAUCGGAAAGUUGUUUUUGGUGGACAAUUGGCUGCCAUUCAUAUACGGCGACAAAAAAACAAACGACAGAAUAACAGCCAAAUUCAAAGAAAUCGAUAAAAGACAUCAUUUGGCUUAUUUGCCGCCAAUUCUUCACGAAUACGAAGACCAGAUGCCCGAAAAAAUUUCGGUCGAAGAAGUCAUUGCCGAAGAGGAUGCCAGUAUCGGCUUCUACAGACAUCCCAGUUCACUGUCAGUACACAGUUCACUAAAACGGGGACCAAAACAAGAUCAACAGAUUUCCAACAACGAUAUACCGACGGUUAGGUCGGAAUUGAGCGAAAAACUGCCGGACGAUCCCUAUACACAAUUGACGACCGAAAUAUGCAGCGAUACCGACGAGGAUMGGGAGGUUCGGCAGUUAAAGUCGGUGCUAAUCCACGAUUAUGUCUCCAAAGAAGUAGAAAAGUCGACAAAAGUUGAGCCAAAGACACCACCAAAACCUGAGGUCAAACUCUUGGAUUAUGUGAAACAAGUGAUCAAAAAAAAUCUAAUGAUAACCGACGAGAAGAUAAUGAAGAAUAAGGGAACCGAUGCCAUCAAAUAUCUACUAUUUCAACGAUAUCUCAUCUAUUUUCAGACUCUCAUGACUUGUGUUUGUUUGUUAAUUAUUUUACCGAUCAAUCUCUACGGUAACGCAGUGCUAAGUAAGCAUAAGUUUAUGCGGACAACUAUUUCCAAUUUGGGUAACGAAUCCAAUCUGGUUUGGAUCCAUUCGCUGAUGGCUUGUAUAAUGAUAGUGACGGGCUAUUAUAUGACGCACCACUUUCACAAUGUUGUCAACACACAUACGCGUGACGUCGACCAGAAGACACUGAUCAUCGAAAAUAUAACGAAAUCGGGAAGAAAGUCAUCUCAAUUGUUUAACUAUUUCAAGAAACGGUUCCCGAAAGUGAUGAUCAAACGGAUAACGUUUGUCUACGAUAUCCGCAAAUUGGAUAAAUUGGAUUACAGACUGUUGACAGCCAUCGAAGCUAAACAAUAUUGUCAUCGAUAUUGGCUGGAGUUUGGCUACCGAUGCGAAGUCAGGCCAUACUGUUUGGGCAAAUUUGGAGGCGUCUGUCUCUGUUGCGGCUGUUGUCCCAAAUUGGAUGGCACUCUGUAUUACGCCGAAGAAAAAGCCGAACUCAAGAAUCUGAUCAAAAAAGAAGUCAAAAGAUUAUUUUGGGAACCGGUUGGCCGUGUUUGCCGACGAGUCAAUGGCUGCACAGGUUUACAACGAAUUUUACUACCGGUGCUCGUGUUGCACCCGUUUCCUGAAGUCCAUUGGCCGGAUUUUUGUGAGUAACCAAACUACCGAUCCACUCGAGACAUACAAUUGGGRAGUGAAUUAUGCA